UGGCUCAUUACAUGGGCAAAGGGGUGCAGGCAGGUUGAAGUGAUCAUGCUUACUCCGUAUACUAGUCCCGUUAUGUAUGCUUUGGAGGACUUGAUAUGCUUGUCGGACAAUGGAAUAGACACACCUAAUUUUGUCAAGUACACAGAAGCAAACUGCACAACAGAGGUUGGCUUUGUGCUCUUUGUUGCGACUGAACAGGAGUCCUGUUCUUCAUGCUGGUGGUGUUCGUCCAUAACAUCACACUUGGCUGGCUGUCGGAGGACAUGCGAUCCAACACCAGGGGGCGCUACCACUAUGAUGCGUUUGUCUCCUACAGCGGGAAGGACGAGCGCUGGGUGGAGGAGGAGCUGCUUCCCAAUCUGGAGCAGAGGGGUCCUCCUUUCCUGCGCCUCUGUCUGCACAGCAGGGACUUCCAGCUGGGGAAGGACAUUGUGGAGAACAUCACAGACAGCCUCUACCGGAGCCGACACACUCUCUGCCUAGUCAGCCGCCACUACCUACGCAGUAACUGGUGCUCUCUGGAGAUGAAGCUGGCCACCUCCAGGCUGCAGGUUGAACAAAGGGACAUCCUCCUCCUGGUCUUCCUGGAGAAGAUCCCCCCUCGCCGUCUGUCUGCCCACCACAGGCUGGCUCGCCUGCUGAAAACCAGGACUUAUCUGGACUGGCCCCAGGACCCCAAUCAGCACCAGGCAUUCUGGGACAGACUGUGGGCUAAACUGAAACCUCUGUCUGAAACGUGAGGUGUAGAGGUUGAUGUACUGUGAGACAUUCUGGACUGAAAUGUGUCAUCAGAGGUUAAUGUGGGACAUUGUGUUAGUGCAGAUGUAAUGUUGACACAUAUGUUGAGGUAUGGCAUUUGUCGUUUAAAGUACUCCGUACAAAUGUCAACCACUAUUUGUGAUUUGUUUUGACAAUCCUGGUGAAGUCCUAUUAAAUAUUCUACCUGGAGUGUACUUUUUAUGAUUCUUCUGAAAUAAUCCUGUUUCAACUUCUUAGAAAAACAUUCAAUGCAUUUUUUUUACUUCCUCACGUUUGAACAGAUUCUGUUUGUAUUUUUCAACACCUAAUCGCUGACCCAUGUCUUUGUUUGGAAAUGUGCUGCUAAGAGGAACUGACAAAGGGGUUUAGCUCUGUCUCUGUUUUACUUCAGAUAACAACUACUUUACGCUGCUGUGAAUAACUAACUAUACAUGACCAAAGAUGAUGAACCUGUUAUUAAUGACAAUAUAUUAAUGACCAAUGACCAUGAACCAGUUAUUAAUGACAAUAUAUUAAUGACCAAUGACCAUGAACCAGUUAUUAAUGACAAUAUAUUAUUGGCCAAUGACCAUGAAGCAGUUAUUAAUGACAAUACAUUAAUGACCAAUGACCAUGAAGCAGUUAUUAAUGACAAUACAUUAUUGACCAAUGACCAUUAAGCAGUUAUUAAUGACAAUACAUUAUUGACCAAUGACCAUGAAGCAGUUAUUAAUGACAAUACAUUAAUGACCAAUGACCAUGAAGCAGUUAUUAAUGACAAUACAUUAACGACUAAUGACCAUGAACCAGUUAUUAAUGACAAUAUAUUAAUGACCAAUGACCAUGAACAAGUUAUUAAUGACAAUAUAUUAAUGACCAAUGACCAUGAAGCAGUUAUUAAUGACAAUACAUUAAUGACCAAUGACCAUGAAGCAGUUAUUAAUGACAAUACAUUAUUGACCAAUGACCAUGAAGCAGUUAUUAAUGACAAUACAUUAUUGACCAAUGACCAUGAAGCAGUUAUUAAUGACAAUACAUGAAUUACCAAUAACCAUGAAGCAGUUAUUAAUGACAAUACAUUAAUGACCAAUGACCAUGAAGCAGUUAUUAAUGACAAUAUAUUAAUGACCAAUGACCAUGAAGCAGUUAUUAAUGACAAUAUAUUAAUGACCAAUGACCAUGAACCAGUUAUUAAUGACAAUAUAUUAAUGACCAAUAACCAUGAAGCAGUUAUUAAUGGCAAUACAUUAAUGACCAAUGACCAUGAACCAGUUAUUAAUGACAAUAUAUUAAUGACCAAUGACCAUGAACCAGUUAUUAAUGACACUAUA